AUGUCGCCCCUCACUGCAGAACCUGCGAGAAGCCCCCUUCCUCUCCGGCCUGACUGCACCAAAGACCCUGCUGUUCCAUAUCGACCAACCGACUACGUCUCCACUGCCAGUCGACGCCCGAUAGCGGCCAAGCAAGCUCCAGUCUAUCCAUGUAACACGGGGCUCGGCAACACUCCACAAAUAGCCAGCAUCCACGGCCGAGCAUGUGGGUUCUUACUAGCAAUUGCCUGCAUCAGCUCCAACAAACACAUCCCUUCUCCUCCUCGUCCCACAAUCGAAGCCCCAGAGUCAUCAGCCAAGCGUUGGUGGCUAACUGCUUCCUGCAAGGAUAAUGACAAAGUAUAUCUUGUCAUCAAGCAUGUACCAGCAAUCUCAAUCCGGAUGCGCAGACAAAUCAUCCUCCACAUCUAGCUGGCACUCAUGUUUGAUGCUACUGGU